CACGUGACUAACUCUUAGCCGCCAUGUUGCAUUUCUUCUAUAAAGACCUUAAUUUUGUCGUAUAGCUUUUUUAUAGUAAUUAGAUGAUUAGAAUUAUAAAAUUCCCAUGGUUGCCUAUUAAUUGUUAUUUUAAAUAUUGUGCUUUUGUAUUUACUAAUAAUAAUUUUGAUCGAGUGAAUGGUAUAUACAAAUUUAAAGAAGAAAAUUGUUUUGGGAGUCCACCAUUGAAUUAACCAAGUAGUGAACGAGAACCAGAAAGCGGUUCAGCGCGACAACGCACUUCAUACUGGAGCGGGUGUAACACAUGGAAUGUAGCACUGGUUCAGUAUGAAUGGCACUAUGGAAGAGCCCAUUGAGACAUCUCUACCCAACUCUCCAGUAAACAAACAUAACCAUGUGAAAGUUACCUCUGAGGACUGUGAUGAUAUUUCAAACCAUUGUGAGAAUAGCAAUAAUACAGAGAGCAGUAAUCAUGUAGAUAGUGAAUCCAGUCAAGGUGCAGUGGGUAGUAGUAAUAUUGAGUAUUUGGAAAAUGACAAUAGUAAUGAUAGUGGCAAUGCCCAGACAAACAACUGCACUACUGGAAGCUUAUUAAAUGUGCCUGUAAGGGAAAACAGCAAUAAUAUUCCUAUUGAGAAUCAUAAUGUGAACAGCAAUGAAUCAUACCCAGAUUCUGUAUCUAGUUCUCAGACUAAGUCUGAGACAGUUGGGCAGGAGAAUUUACAAACCAUGGAUGAAAACAGUAAACAGGAGAGUAUUGAAAAAGUGUAUACUAGAAGCACAGAUACAAAUCAAGAGGACACUGAUGAACUUGAUUCUGAAGAGGAUUCCUCAGAUGAAGGAGAAUCUGAAAUAUCCCAUGAACAAAGAGCUGAGGAUACUGUGAGUAUCAAUUCAGAUUCUGAGCCUGACCAUGGAGAAAAUAAUGAUAAUGAUGGUCAUAUAAAAAAUAAAAGUAAUGAUAUAAUAAUAGUAGACAAUAUAACUAAUAGUCAAAAUGGAAAUUCUCAUGAUUCUCCCAGUCCGGAAGUUCAUGAAAUUGAGAGUGAUAAUGAUGAUUGUGUUGUGGCUAAUGAUGAAAAACUAAAUUCAAAAGUUAAUGAGAACAAAGUUCAAUUGCGUCGAAGUAGUAGAGCUAUCAAGCGUAAGAGGUAUAAUGAUGAUGAUGAUGAUGAUCUAGAAAAUGGAGAUGAAUCUGAUGUGGAAGAAGUGGUGCUGGAAGACCCACUUACUCGCAAAAGCAAGCCUAUUGUUAUUAAUGAUACUAAGGCCUUGGUUGAGAUGGCAGCAAAACAAAUGAAAUCAAAUCAUGGUAACAAUCAAAAAAAGGAACCUACUGUGGUAAUUAUAGAUACUAAUUCCAUUAUAUCAGGGAAAAGUUCAGGAGUUCAACAGGGUAAAAAUUUUACAUCUACAAAUUCAAGCAUAAAUGCACAAAAUUUGUAUCAGAGCAUUGUAGCUCGAGGCACAACUGUGACUCCUGUAAGCAGUAGAAAUAAUAAUAUUUCCUCAUUAAGUGGCACCACACACACUGCACAGCCUUCAAUUUUGCCUUCAUUGACAGAUGAUAUGUUUGUUGUGGAGGCACCAUCAUUCAUAGUACCAUAUGUAUAUGAAAAACCUUCAGUUAAACCAUUUAGAGAAUUUGUAGAUAUAUUAGGUAAAGAAUUAGAAGAUCAAAGAGCCAAAGAAGAAAAGGAACGUGUAGAAAAAGAAGAAAGUGAAAAAAGACAAAAAGAAAAGGAAAAGGGUGAAACAGUCGAGGAUUCAGAAGGGGAAACUGAGAAAGAGAAAGAUGAUAGUUAUGCAGAAGAGAAUGAGGAAGCAGAUAAGAAAAAGAAAAAAGAUCAGAAAAAAAGAGAGCGUCACAAUAAAAAUGAUGACGAUGCAUCAUGGGAUGGAGAAAGUUCAGCAGAUUCUGAUGAUGAAUUAUUGAGUGAUGAAGACAAAACUGUUGUUAUUAAAGACAAAGCAGACUCUAUUGAAGAAAUAAAAGAUGUUGCGGAUCUGACAGUAGACAAAGUUUGCACUGGAAAGACAGAUAACUAUUUUGAUUGUUCACUGGGUAAAUUUUUUAUAAAUAUUGGGUUAAAUCUUGUACAAGAAUAUGUGCAAACAGAUUUACUGAAGCAACAGAAUCGGAAACUUUAUAGAGAGAAAAAGUCUGGACAGAAUACUAAAGCUACAGAGACAUCAGUAGCAUCACUCAUGAAGAAUUUAGAGUUCAGUAAAGAAAACAAUGCUCCAUAUUCAUUUACACAGAAGAAAUGUGAAUUUUGUAGUUUUAAAACAGAAUCUAUGCUUGUUAUGACUCAUCACUUGGAGACUCCACAUAUGAAAAAUAAUGUUUAUAAAUGUAACUUUUGUACAUUCGAAAUUCGCAGUCCUCAUGACAUUUUGUACCAUAUGGAAGCAGAGCAUAAUAUUAGAGGCAAGUUGGAGAGAGCACCUGCUUACCAUCAGUGUGCAAACUGUCCUUUUGAAGAUAAUGGGAAAGGAAAACUUGCUCGUCAUCUAAUACCAUGUGCGAAAAAGUUUAAACCCGAAUUAAACUUAUCUCCUCCCAUCGAAUGGGAGCCUCCAGCAAAAAUACCAAAGAUGACAAGGGCACGUAAUAAUAUUAUGAGUCCUUAUCAAAAUGCUUUCAAUCGUAGUCAAGUGGGUAAUAACUUACGGGCUCCAAUGAAUUUACCUAACCUAAUGGCAGGAGUAAGUACUGGUUACCGACCACGUGGACGGUCUCCAAUGCCAGUUUCCCCGCGCGCCACGCCCGUCCAUGGAGUGCCUAUAAUACGAAGUGGUGUUGUUGUCAGGCACAACAGUCCUACAUCUCAGUCUAUUCUUAUGUCAUCAAACUAUUCAGUUACAAAUAAUGGGAAACCAAAGUCGAUGCAUCAGCCAUCAAUUUCUAUAACGCCAUUGCCACGACAACCUCAGCCAGUACAGCCACCACCUACUCAGCAGUCUAAGGGUGCUUUUGUUAUUUGUGAAAUUUGUGAUGGAUAUAUCAAAGAUUUGGAGCAAUUAAGAAAUCACAUGCAAUGGAUACAUAAAGUAAAGAUACAUCCUAAAAUGAUUUAUAACAGGCCACCACUAAAUUGUCAAAAAUGUCAAUUUAGGUUCUUCACUGAUCAGGGGUUGGAGCGACAUUUAUUAGGCUCCCACGGACUCGUUACCAGUUCUAUGCAGGAAGCUGCAAAUAAAGGAAAAGAUGCAGGAAGAUGUCCAGUUUGUGGCAGAGUUUACCAGUGGAAACUAUUGAACCAUGUGGCUCGAGAUCAUAAUUUAACACUUAAACCUGCACAUUUAUCUUAUAAAUGCACCGUGUGUACAGCAACUUUCGGCAUGUACAAGCAAUUUGAGAAUCACGUGUAUUCAGCACACAGUGUUGUUGCGAAGCGUGUCAUGGACAAGACUAAGACGAAUUUACCACCGGUGAAGAGCAACAAUGAUUCGCUUCUCAAACCUCUAAAAAUCAACGAUGAGAUUACUAUAAUACCACAACCUAAUAAAUCGAGUACACCCACACUAGCUAAAGAAAAAUAAGCACUGCAUGUGAGCAGCAUCUUAGGUCGUCGUAUAAGGCUGGAAGUUUGCUCUUGCCUCCUGGAGAUUAUAGUACAUGCUGAUAGUAUGACAUUCUUUCUUUUAAAACUUUAACAAUAACUACAGGUAGUUAUCAUAAUCGCGAGUCCCCAAUAUUUUGAGUCGGUACAAAGUAUAAUAUCAAAUAUUGGUAACUCAUAAUACACACGAUUAUGUUAAAUAUCUAGUCUAAGAUAAUGACUUACUAGUAUAACGUUAGAAACGGAGACAGUUUAAAACUCUUACUAUCUAAAUACUCUAAUAUUAGUGUACAUUCCGUCAAUUGACUUAGCUUCGGAUAUAAAUAUCGAUUUUUAUAUGUUGUCACAUUUAAUACUAUUUAUAUAUAUAUAUAAUUAAUAUGCUUAUGUAGUUGAAAAAAUUUUGUAUCACAAGUAUAGUUCCAAAGGAACUGCAAUCACUGCCUGGGCUUACAAAGCCUGUGAUAUAUUAUACCACGACUAUACAUAAUAAUAAAUUUAUAAUAUUACCUGUCCUCAUAGAUAUAAUACACAUAAUGAAGCCCAAUAUUAAAGAGAUGCGGAAGAAAGAGGUCAAUUGGGAACACAGUAAUUAGUAUGAUAUGUAAAUUAAAUUAUUGUUGUUGAUAGAUAUGUAAAGGAAUGUAUACUAAUUAUUAGUAGCACUGCAUUGACACUCACGUAAGUGUUAGACAUACCUCAGUGAAUCUUGUUAGUUGCAUAUAGUUUUGAGAUGUAUCAGUAUAUCGUGUUUGUGUAAGAUUUCCCGAUUGACUUUGCAUAAUGUUAGUAUGCCACCAUAUAAAAAGUUUAUUAAUGGACAAUGCAAAAUGCAGUUGAUUAUUGUACCGUAUUGUACCGAUUAAGGACUAUAGCAAUAAAAGUUUUAUAUUUUAUAAUAUUUGACAUCUUUAGAAAUCGUAAAAUACGAAUUUUAGAUCUGUCAAAUGAAUUAGUUUAGUUGAACGGUGCAUGAGGAUCGGUAUAAAUAUCUUCUGUUGCAAUUAAUAUAAUGAACAGGUUAUUAACAAAUGUCGAUCGUGAAUCCUGUACAACAUAAUAUGCAAAUAGCGUUAUAUAUAGACGUAGAUAGACUGUCAGACGCUUGACGUAUACAGCUUUUUUACUUUGAACAAAUGUAUUUUGUACACACUAUAGAAAUUGAAAUCUGAUGUGAGGUGUUUUACUAAUUUAAUAAUAAUAAAUUCUUAGAUGUAUAUAGAACUGAAAAUACUAUCCACUAUUAUUUGUUACCAUCCCAACGUUUUGUCUGCAAGUAACAAAAAUGUGGUAUUGUUUAUUUUAGUUUAUUAUAGGUAUAGACAGAUUUAUUUUCCUAAUUUAUUAAACAAUAGUUUUAGCAUGAACUUUUAUUUCGCGAUACGUAUUGUUGUUGGACGACACACUUAAAUAAAGACAUUAAAGAUCUAAUAAGUGCCGUUUUUAAAGGAACCGUCUUUUAGGUAUGAACCUGUGAAUCGCUAUAUAAUAUGUAGCGACGUAUUAUGACAGCAUAUUUAAAUAUUAACUAUAAAAAAGAAAAGAAAUAUCAAUUUCCAUUACAUUAUUCCAUAUGUUAAACAUAUAUUCAUUCUGUUCCAAAUGUUUGUUUUUUUUUUGGAAGGUCCAUGCAUCUAAUGCUAAAUAGUAUACUGCAUAUAUGAAAUACAAGUUGAAAGUAUGUAUAAUAUGCAAAUGCAAUUGAAGCUGUUUUCUGCAGUGAUAGGCAGUACCUAAAUAUUUUUUUUCUCUCGUUAUCACUGUAAGACCAAUUACUAUUAUGAUUAGUAGGUACCUUUUAUUCUUGCCACGCAUGCAUGUGGUAACGAAAAAAAAAUGAAGUAAAAAUUCUGUGAUUAAUUUUCAUAUAAUUUGUUUUGAAAUUGUUUUAAUUGCAUGCGUAUUUUUAUCGAAUGACUUUGCCUUAUGUCUUAUUAUUGAUAUUUGCUAAAUAUCAAUAAUCUAAAAACUAUCGAAACUGGAUUUAAAUAAUAUGUAUUUAUUUCAAUUAAAUUAAUAGGAGACAAUGGUAUUGUAAUUGAUUUUGCCGUACGUUUACUAAAAUGUAUCGGUUACCUACAAAAUUUUAUUUCUUAUAGUAUUUUAAUAUUUUUUGUCCAAUGUUAAUGUGCAUAAUAAAUAAAACCAUCAUUUUUAAUAUUUAACCUAUUAUAUAUUGAACUAUCGAUUCGCCUCGGUUUGCGCGGGUUCUAGAAAAGUUUAAUUAGGAUAUUUUAUAUUGUAUAUAAAAACCUUUAAAAAUAUUUACAUCACAUCACAUGAAACUUGUACUCCAAAACGUAGUGAUAAUAUAUUUUUUAAAUAUGAUGAGUGUAAAUAAUUCAGAAUUUAGAAUUCAGAAUUUUAGAAUAUUUAAUAAUACCUGAAAUAUCAAGUAUAAUAAGCAAAGAAAAGAAUUUAGUUUGUGUUUUCUUGUAUAUAAAAAGAAUAUGUAGGCAAUAUAUUUUUGCUUUCUUUGCUUAUACAAGUAGUGUUUCUACGUACGUGUUUGAAUGUAUGUUAUUUUCAGUUAACCAACGGACAAAAUUGUACAAUACCGUGGUCUUUUUUUUCUUAGGAAAUCAACCACGAAUUAAAUAUCUAUUUACUCUUUUGUUUUCUUGAAAUUAAAGCAGAUCGCCAAAAAUUAUAUAUAUAUACAAAACGAAAGUCUUAGUUUCUUUAUAUAAAUGACAUUAGAACCUACGUAAAACGUGUUAUUUUUAUACAUGCACAUGCAGAAUCAAUAAGAAGUUAAUGUUCAUUCAGGACUCGUCAGGUCCGUUGAUUUUUUUAUGUAUAAUAAAAACUUAGCCUUAAAUUGUUAUCGAUUGUCAUAAGUCGAAUUAUUUAAAUUUCGGUAUAUUGGUAAUAAUAAGUUUAUUGUAUUGCCAAUAUCGCUGUCUACGAGUCACUCUACAGUUUAAUAAUUAUUAAUUUGUUAGAAGACUAUAUAAUGACUUUAAGACAUGUUAUAUUGUGUAUUUCUUGUUAGAGAUCCAAUUUAAUAAAUUAUAUUAUUACAAUUAUUAUUAUAGUAAUUAUGAAGACUGCAUAAAAAAACGAAAAGUAUAAUUAAAAAAAUAUAUGGUUUGCCUGGGUACUGAUGUUUAUUUUGGUACAUUCUUUGUUUAACAAAAAUUAAAAAUGCACAUUACAAUCCGAAUUUGAUGUAUGCAAAUCAGUGAAUGUGACAAGUAUUUUUAAGAAAAAUCUAUAUAUUAAGGCCCAUUCUUAUAAUAGUGUUUUUAUUUCGAUAAUAAAGCGGUUGCGCAGAAAAAUUACGAAUGAGUUAAAAUUAAUUUCAGCGUUUCUGUUACGCAAUUAUAACAAAAAUAUAACUAUUUCUACAAAAACCAAAUUUAAUGUUCUAAUACACAUAAAAAUAAUAAUAAACAAAUAUUGAAGAAAGUCCUUGAGGUAACUUAUAAAAAUAUUUUCUUUGUUUUUAGUUUAAGUAUUCAAUUUAAUAUAGAUAUUACUUAAAUAAGUUAGUACUUGUAUACUUUAUACAUUUGCGAGUUACCUAUAUUAUUGUUUUAGUUAUCAUCUUCAUGUUUACAGAAAAAAUAUAACGGCAAUCUUUUAUAUAUUUAUUUGAUAGCGCAGACACUAUUGGCUCUGUUGGUUGAUUGACACAGUUAUAGUUGAGUUGAAGUGAAUAGUGUAUCUGCCACCGCUUCUCUGCUAGUAAUUUCUGUAUAGCCGACGCCGAAUAAUUACACUAUACUGUUAUUCACCCACUGAUGAUCGAGAUUAAACCUUGCAUAUUUUUUUUUAUUUAAAAGUGAUUUACAAAAAAUAUAGUACGUGUGUAUUUCUUCUAGCGAUUCUUUUGCUUAUUUCUUAAUGACAGAAUUAUGUAUAAGACUAUUGAUAACUGAUUAUUACAUUGUAUACUAUUUUAGCUGUCGGAAGAAGUAAUAUAUUCAAUUGAAAUUCAAUUUAGUUCGUCAAAAUUAACUUCAAUUCAAAUUUAAUAAUUUGAUAUAAACACACACACACACACACACACACACACACACACACACACACACACACACACACACACACACACACACACACACA